AUGGGUGCUGGCGUUGCGCAGGUCCCUUGGCCGCCUCCAGGGGAGUCUGGAGGGGCGAAACGCCACGACCGGAGCAAAACGCCCCAAUCGGGGCAAAACACAGCAGGGGUUAGGGGCUGCUUCUCGUACCUUCCCCGCACCCACCCCACCGCUUCCCUCCCCACAGUGGUCGACUGCCCCAUCUGCAAGCACCAGUGUAACCUGAAGGACAUCGUGGAAAACUACUUCCUGAGGGACAGCGGGGCUGAGGCGGCUGCCGACAACAAGGACUUGAACCAGUGCUGCACCAGCUGUGAGGACAACGCACCGGCCACCAGCUACUGCGUGGAGUGCUCGGAGCCGCUGUGCGAGACGUGCGUGGAGGCCCACCAGCGGGUCAAGUAUACCAAGGACCACACAGUCCGAGCCACAGGUGGCUCCAAGGCGAAGGAGGGCGAGCGCGCCGUGUACUGCGCCGUGCACAAGCAUGAGCCGCUGGUGCUCUUCUGCGACACGUGCGACACGCUCACCUGCCGCGACUGCCAGCUCAACGCGCACAAGGAUCACCAGUACCAGUUCCUGGAGGACGCGGUGAGGAACCAGCGCAAGAUGCUGGCGACGCUGGUGAAGCGCCUGGGCGACAAACACGCCAGCUUGCAGCGCUCCACCAAGGAAGUGCGCAGCUCCAUCCGCCAGGUGACGGAUGUGCAGAAGCGGGUGCAGGUGGACGUGAAGAUGGCCAUCCUCCAGAUCAUGAAGGAGCUGAACAAGCGUGGCAAGGUGCUGGUGAGCGACGCUCAGAAGGUGACGGAGGGGCAGCAGGAGAAAUUGGAGCGGCAGCACUGGGCCAUGACCAAGCUGCAGCGGCACCAGGAGCACAUCCUCCGCUUCGCCUCCUGGGCCCUGGAGAGCGACAACAGCACCGCUCUACUGCUCUCCAAGAAGCUGAUCUACUUCCAGCUCCACCGUGCCCUCAAGAUGAUCGUGGACCCUGUGGAGCCGCAGGGCGACAUGAAGUUCCAGUGGGACCUCAACGCCUGGACCAAAAGCGCCGAGAGCUUCGGGACCAUCAUCUCUGAGUGGAGCUGUCCUCCUCCACCGCCCCUCACCCCCCAGCCCCCCCCGGCCAGUCCCCGUGGCCCCAGCCCAACCACAGGCGCCUUGCAGGCUCCCUUGCAAGCCACGGUGGUGAGCAAAGGCCAAUACGCCCCUGGUCCCCUCCUGCAACCCCCGGCAGGACCCUGGCACAGCAGCGAGGAGGCCCAGGGUGCCCUGGGGGCCCCUAGCACCCCACAGUCUGCCGGGGACAGGCCGGAGACACCCCCACUGCCUCAGUUAACCCGGAGCACUGAGGGGCCAGACUGCCGCGACCCUACCCCCCCGCUUCUUCUCCCGCAGCCUGCUGAGAGUCCUGGGGACGUGGCUGCCAGCACUGAGUUGGCUGAUGCCCCCCCUGAAGCUGCUGUGACUGGAAUGAAGAGGAGAAAACGUGUUAAUCCUCCCCAGGAGGAGGAGGAGUUCAUUAAGGAGCUGCUCAUUAAGUGGAGCCGGCCCCCUGAGGGCCGGGUGAACGCUCUGCUCCGCAAGGUGCCACGGGUGAGUCUGGAGCGCCUGGACCUGGACCUCUCGGGGGCCGCGCAGCCCCCGGUCUUCCGUGUCUUCCCCGGCACCUCGGCCGAGGACUUCAACCUCAUCGUCAUCGAGAGGGGGAUGCAGCCGGGGCUCCCUGGGCCCCCCACUGUCAAGGAGGAGGAGCAGGAGGCAGCCAUUGGGGAUGGCCAGGACACCAAACCAGUGGGACUAGUGCCUGAGCAGUCCAGGGUGCUGGGGCCCUCCAGCACCUCCCUGGGGACGGUACCCAGGCCCACGGAGGCUGCCCCUGGCCCUGGCAUGGCCUGCUGCCGCGUGUGUCGCCAGGCUGGCGCCGUGGUGAUGUGCGACCGCUGCGAGCACUGCUACCACCUUGACUGCCACCUCCCUGCCCUCCAGGAGGUCCCCAGCCCCGAGUGGAGGUGUUUGCUGUGUCAGGACCUGCCGGCCCCCCGCGAGGACCUCGCCACCAGCAUCCCUAGCCCUGAGGAGGGGUCACCCCACAAGCUCUGCCCCCUGGACCAGCGGAAGUGCGAGCACGUGCUGCUGGAGCUACUCUGCCACGAGCCCUGCCGGCCCUUGCACCGGCUCUGCAGCUCCCCAGAGGGCCACAAUGCCAUUGACCUCACCCUCAUCCGGGCCAAGCUGCAGGAGAAGCUGUCACCUCCCUACAGCUGCCCCGAGGAGUUCGCCCGUGACGUCUGGAGGAUGAUCCGCCAGUUCAACAAGCUCACGGAGGACAAGGCGGACGUACAAUCCAUCCUGGGCCUGCAGCGGUUCUUCGAGGCCCGGCUCAACGCCGCCUUUGGCGACCGCAAGUUCUCAGCCCUGCUUGAUCCCGUCAUCCCUCUGGAUGAGGCCGAAGGCACCCCGGCCUCCCCCGCCGGCCCCCUGGGCCCAUGACCUCCUCCUCCUUGUAGGGGGGAAGGCCUCCGCAGCAGAAAGUGGGACCAGGAGGCAGCUCCUUUGUGCCCCUUCCUGCCCUAGUGCCCCGGGGGAGGGACGCGGCGGUGCCCUUCUCCCUCCCGCCC